AAACAAGUGGACAAACAGUGACGUCACAAUCAGAGCGGAGGAAUUUUUCUUGUCUCGUGUAAAAGCCGCCGAGCCUUCACGGUGCUUAACUGCUGAUUAAAGCCCAUGACCGCGCGCACACGCAGCUCUACUUCACACCGCAGCGGGACAUCCUGGAAGAGACGGAGACACCUCGGGAGGAUGACGAGCCGCGGGACCUGGGUGUGAAAGUCGUCACGGCAAGAUGUGAGAUGAACCGGGGGAGGACGGCGACCACCGAGGCCAGCGGCAUCAUGUUGGUCCGGGGCUCGCGAGGCCGAGCCAGAGUGACUCACGCCGUGGUGGUGAUCUUCCUGGAGUUCUUCGCCUGGGGGCUGCUGACCACGCCCAUGCUGACGGUCCUCCAUGAGACGUUUCCUCAGCACACCUUCCUGAUGAACGGCCUGGUUCACGGCGUCAAGGGCUUCCUGUCGUUCCUCUCGGCUCCUCUGAUUGGUGCCCUGUCGGACAUCUGGGGCAGGAAGUCCUUCCUCCUCAUGACGGUGUUCUUCACCUGCGCCCCCAUCCCCUUCAUGAGGAUCAGCCCCUGGUGGUACUUCGCCCUGAUCUCCGUGUCGGGGAUCUUCGCUGUGACCUUCUCGGUGAUCUUCGCCUACGUGGCCGACAUCACGGAGGAGCACGAGAGGAGCACCGCCUACGGACUGGUGUCGGCGACCUUCGCCGCCAGCCUGGUGACGAGCCCGGCCAUCGGCGCCUACCUGUCGGCGCAGUACGGCGACAGCCUGGUGGUCCUGGUCGCCACGGUGAUCUCUGUGGCGGACAUCGCCUUCGUGUUCUUCGUGGUCCCCGAGUCGCUGCCGGACAAAAUGAGGCUGACGUCGUGGGGCUUCCCCAUCUCCUGGGAGCAGGCCGACCCCUUCUCCUCUCUGCGUCGCGUUGGGAAAGACACCACAGUGCUGCUGAUCUGUGUCACCGUGUUCCUCUCAUACCUCCCUGAAGCAGGACAGUACUCCAGCUUCUUCCUCUACCUGAGACAGGUGAUUGAGUUUUCUCCUGCAGCCAUCGCUGCCUUCAUCGCCAUGGUGGGAAUCCUCUCCAUCGUCGCUCAGACUCUGUUCCUCGGGGUUCUGAUGAGGACCAUCGGGAACAAGAACACCGUUCUCCUGGGUCUGGGCUUCCAGCUCUUCCAGCUGGCCUGGUACGGCUUCGGCUCCGAGCCCUGGAUGAUGUGGGCAGCAGGAACGGUGGCAGCCAUGUCCUCCAUCACUUUUCCAGCCGUCUCCGCUCUGGUGUCCGUCAGCGCAUCAGCUGACCAGCAAGGUGUGGCCCAGGGGAUGAUCACAGGUAUCAGAGGUCUCUGUAACGGUUUGGGUCCGGCUCUCUACGGCUUCAUCUUCUUCCUCUUCAACGUGGAGCUGAACGACAUACCGCCGGUGGCGGGACGGCCCGCACAGGUCACUGAGAAGUCGAUGAUCCCCGGUCCUCCGUUCCUGUUCGGUGCGUUUGCCGUCUUAUUCGCUCUCCUAGUCGCCAUCUUCAUCCCCGAUCACCGAUUGGACGACGCCAAGACCUGCAAAACUGGCAGCGCCUCCGCCGCCCACCCUCAGAGCGCCGGCCCUCUGGCCACGCCCACCAGCGACACGGAGGACAUUGAGCCGCUCCUUCAGGACAGCAGCAUGUGACAGUAGAGCCCCGCCUCCCCCAACCUCCCGGGCCAAUCACGAGGCCAUAAGCACCGCCAACUACUCCCGCCCCUUUCAGAAUAAACCUUUCAGAUUUUUUUUUAUUUCUUCAAUUUCGGACUGUCGGGCGGCAAUCGCACUGACGAGCUUUACCUCCUCACGAUCAAUCAUGCAGUUAGAAGUCAAUAACAUUUCUGUCAUUUUUAUACAUGAUCUCCAUUUCGUAGCUCAGGUGUAUUUGGGGAGCAGUAACCGUAGUAACAGAAUGAAUCAUAACAAAUCAUGCUACACAUGAUCAUUUUGUAGACCUUGCUCACGCUGAUAUAUCACAUAUUAUCUUUAUUAUCUUUUUAAAAGCUUACACGCCAGCGUCCGAUGCUUCACGUUAUUAGACAAAAGAAUUAUUCCUUUUGUAGGUUUAAGAGAUUCCUUUUUUAAUUAUGUAAAUCCACAAAAUGAGUCACAGCUGACAAAUUAGUCAUCAGAGAGACAUUAUUAAAUCAUAACCACUUUACUAGAAUUGAGGAUUUUGCUUUGAAUUUUACUCCUUGAAUGUAAAUAAAAUGUCGCUCGGCGUCCAGCGGCGUUACUCGAGUUCCUGUUUGCUUUGAGGACGACGCGCCCGGACGUCCUCAUAGCCCUCCGUCUGGUUUCCCCCCGUCUGCUGCCGCCCCAACGCUCCGUCUGGUUUCCCCCAGUCUGCUGCCGCCCCAACGCUCCGUCUGGUUUCCCCCCGUCUGCUGCCGCCCCAACGCUCCGUCUGGUUUCCCUCCGUCUGGUUGCCGCCCCAACGCUCCGUCUGGUUUCCCUCCGUCUGGUUGCCGCCCCAACGCUCCGUCUGGUUUCCCUCCGUCUGGUUUCCCUCCGUCUGCUGCCGCCCCAACGCUCCGUCUGGUUUCCCUCCGUCUGGUUGCCGCCCCAACGCUCCGUCUGGUUUCCCUCCGUCUGGUUGCCGCCCCAACGCUCCGUCUGGUUUCCCUCCGUCUGGUUGCCGCCCCAACGCUCCGUCUGGUUUCCCUCCGUCUGCUGCCGCCCCAACGCUCCGUCUGGUUUCCCUCCGUCUGCUGCCGCCCCAACGCUCCGUCUGGUUUCCCUCCGUCUGCUGCCGCCCCAACGCUCCGUCUGGUUUCCCUCCGUCUGCUGCCGCCCCAACGCUCCGUCUGGUUUCCCCCCGUCUGCUGCCGCCCCAACGCUCCGUCUGGUUUCCCUCCGUCUGCUGCCGCCCCAACGCUCCGUCUGGUUUCCCCCAGUCUGCUGCUGCACUGGACUCCAGGUGUGCAGAGGCCAGGAGAUCAAGCUGUGCUCACAGCUCACGCCACGACUCCCCAUCCAUGGCGCUUUGUUUUGUUGUGGAAGCAGUCAGGGGGGCGGUGAGGUCACAGCUGCUCGGCAUUGUGGGAAACGCCAGCGUGCUUGUUUCCUGUUGUCGCUGUUAAUAAUUUAAUUUCCUCAUUAACGGACGGCUGAUCUAUUUUUUUUCUUCUCGCAGCGUAUAAUAAGUAACGUGUGGAUAUCGGUUACCACGACAACGGAAACAUAGGAAAGUCCAUGAAAUUACUCCAAACAGUUUGAGGUCUUUGGGUCGAUCCGGGGGGGGGGGGGGGUCGGUCAUCUGAUCAGACCCCCCCUCACAAAGCCUUAAAGCACACUGCACUCUGAUUGGCUGAUUAAUCCCACAUGUUUCAUCUUAGUGAGGCUCCUCCCGUGUGCCGUUAGUAAGUAGCGCUGCUUUUUAGAGUCGGAGCUUUGAUGUUUUUGUUUCCAGAUUUUUUGCGAUGUGGGACCUCCUCCUCGCCUGUCAGUACUGUAUCGACUCAAGGGUCCCCAGUGCCCCAGUGCAUGCUGGGAGUGGUUGACUUUUAUUUCAGGUAAAAUCAGACUGAGGAGACGUGAAACUUGGUGUAAAGUAGCAUGCGCACGGUGCUGCAGUCUGCGUGGUGCGUUCAAGUACCCCUAACUGCCCAUUUAAAUCUGAUCCUGAGCUCCUGAUGUUGAAAAUGUCUUCGGAUUAUGUCCUUGAACGCAUCAUCCAGCAGUCUCCCACACAUUGGUGCCGAUAAUCAAGCUUCACAGAAUCAUCGCCCCCUGACGGGAAAACGUGCUGCGUUCAAAGUCCAUCUGUUCUUUCACACAACUAAGCAAAAUCUAUUGCUUUCUACUUUUCACUUUCGACACAGCUGCCACUUUUUUCCCGCUGGGGACUUGAAUGCAGCAUCAAACGAUGAUGAUGAUGAUGAUGAAGGAAUAGCUUCACGAAGCACAAUCAACGUUACUGAUUCUUUUUAUUUUAACGUGCCGUUCACUCUUCAGAGAUGUCACGGACUGACUGUUGGACCUGGAGUGUAUUUUUCUAGUCAGUUGUGACUCCAUCUCCCAGAAUGCACCAGAGUUAUGGGCUCUUAUGUUGCUGAGUUCAAGUCCUGUCGGAAAGCUCAGCUCUGGUCCAGACAACUAGUUUCCUACAUUUUUAGAAAACAACUCUUCUCUUCCACAGGAAACUUUGUAAUAUUAAUAUUUAUGUUUUAGUGAAAUCAUGUCUCAAAGAUGACUUCUAUUAAACAUAUUUACACCAUGAAAGGCAUAAUAUUCAAACUAUUCAGUGGGAAUUAAGAUUUUUAACUUCUAAAUUCAUAUGAAUGGAGUCAUGUUUUGGGUUCCAAACGCCAGGAUUUCAUUUUAAACCGAAUGUUUGGAUUUUUCUUGGUUUAAGAUUUAAUUUGAUCAAAGCUGGUUUGAUCUUCAUUAUAACUAAUCAAAAUGUGGAAGAGCUCAACUUUCCGACGGGCACUGAAGAAACCACAUGUCUGCAAACGUAUUUUAGCUGACUAUCGUUAGAACAUUCCUCCUCCUCCUCCUCCUCUCCCCUCGAAAGAUGAAGCUGGACUCUGCUGCCUCCUCCUCCUCCUCCUCCUCUUCCUCUAAUGAAGCAGGACUUUUAUUUACGCCUCCUUUGCUUCUGACUUUGUGCCUGAAAUCAUUCUAUGUUCAUAUCAAAGUGUUUUUAUAGAGAAACAAAGACACUGAAUGACGUCUUUGUUUUGUUUUAUCUUAUUGACAACAUAAUUUUGAAUAAUAUCUAUAAAAAUAAUAAUGGUAAUAAAGAGAAAUUUAUGAAAAUUGA